AUGACACUUCCUGAAGUUGAUGGUUAUAAGUACGUUGUAGUGGCUAUCGACUAUUUUUCAAAAUGGUCCGAAGCUAGGCCGUUAUAUGAUAAAACUGCAGUUUCGGUAGCAAGAUUUUUGUAUGACGAUAUAAUUUGUCGACACGGGUGUCCCAGGAUUCAAAUAAAUGAUCAAGGACGAGAAUUUUUGAAUUCCUUAAAUUAUGAGCUCUCUCGCCUAACAGGAACUCAACAAAGAGUGACAUCAGCAUACCAUCCCCAAGCAAAUGGCUUAGUUGAACGGCAAAAUCGAACAAUUAAAAAUUGUUUACUCAAAGUGCUGCAAAAUAAUGUAGAUUCUAUUUUACAGGGAGUUUUAUUUGCUCACCGAACUGCACAGCAUUUUUCUACAGGAUAUUCUCCAUUUAAAAUGCUAUACCAACGUGAAGCAAUACUCCCGAUCGAUGUUGAUGGUAGUUCGGAAAAUGAAGAAGAAAAAUGUGAAAAUGGUUUGAUAGAAAAUGCAUUUAAUCCAGAAGAAUUUGAUAAAACAUUAGACAAAAUGAUAAAUAUGAGGAACGUUAUGGAAAACCACGCUAAACAAAAUAUUGGAGAGGCUCAAAAACGACAACGACUGUCAUAUGCAAAACGGCACAACACUGGCUAUAUAUUUAAGGAAAAUGAUAAAGUCUUGGUAAGAAAUUUAAGGAGAGAUGACCGAAAGGGUGGCUGGAAAUAUGUACCUUGGGAAGGACCUUAUACUAUUGUAUCCAUUAACAAAGGAAAUACGUGUACGUUAAAAUCCAAACACAAAAUUUUAGCAAAAAAACAACAUUUAAGUAACCUUAAAUAUUUUAAAGAAUCUUCUAACACUAAUGGAGUUGACUUAAAAAAUAAUGUCGAAGAAAAAUUAAUAGGAGAAAACGAUGAAAAUAUGAAUGAAGGAGUUAAUGAAGACUUCAACGGAGGGUUGUAUACAAAAUUAAAUACGUUAAAAGUCGAAGAAGUUGGAAAAAUAACACUUAAAGGACUAACAAAUAUAAUGGAAGGAGAAUUAAACGAAGAUAAAGAAAAACAAGUAAUUAAUGAUAUGGUCGAUAAUGAUGAUGACGUGGUGUGUACGAGCGUUUCAGUAGUUGAUAAACGUCGUCGGGUGUUCAAUCCAGUUGCAAAACCAUGGCAGAUUCUAAAAUGCGCACAGUUAAAAUUAAACCUAACUGAAGUACUGAAAUUUAAAGGAAGAGGAAAAUUUUUAAGCAAACCAGCAGAAACAAAAAAGAUUAUAGGAGAUGGUAAUUGCCUAUAUAGGGCAUUAUCAUACUGGAUAACGGGAACAGAAGACAAUCAUAUGGAAAUACGUAAACGUAUUGCUGAGGUGGUUAAAACUAAUAAAAAUAUCAACAACUAUAUUGGCGGGGACGAUGACAUUAGUAUUUAUUUAGAAAAAAAUAAAAUAGAUAAUGAUGGUAAGAUUUAUUAUACUAACUUUUCCAAAUACAAAACCAAAAAUGCAAUAGAAUUAUCAAGAACUAAUUAUUUCUUAUAUUUAUUUUUAAAAACAUUUUGUGUAAUGUAA